AUGCCGUCGACACACGAUCGAGACAAGCCGUGGGAUACGGAAGAUGUUGACAAGUGGAAGAUUGAAAAGUUCAAGCCCGAGGACAAUGCUGGAGGCACCUUUGCCGAGGAGUCGUCGUUCAUGACCUUGUUUCCCAAGUACCGCGAAGUGUACCUGAGGGAGGCUUGGCCGCUCAUCACCAAGGCGCUCGAAAAGAAUGGCAUUGCCUGCACCCUGGACUUGGUCGAGGGCUCGAUGAUGGUCAAGACGACCCGCAAGACGUUUGAUCCGGCAGCCAUCCUCAACGCGCGCGACCUGAUCAAGCUGCUAGCCCGCAGCGUGCCCGCGCCGCAAGCCAUCAAGAUUCUCGAAGACGGUGUCGCAUGCGACGUCAUCAAGAUCCGCAACCUCGUCGGCAACAAGGACCGCUUCGUCAAGCGCCGGCAGCGCAUCCUCGGCCCCGACGGCUCGACCCUCAAGGCGCUCGAGCUCCUGACGGAGACGUACAUUCUCGUGCACGGCAACACCGUCUCCGUCAUGGGCCCCUACAAGGGCCUCAAGGAGGUGCGGCGCGUCGUCGAGGACUGCAUGGCCAACAUUCACCCCAUCUACUACAUCAAGGAGCUCAUGAUCAAGCGCGAGCUCGCCAAGGACCCGGAGCUCAAGAACGAGAGCUGGGACCGCUUCCUGCCCAACUUUAAGCGCAAGACGCUCAGCCGGCGCCGCACGCCGCACAACAUCACCGACAAGACCAAAAAGGUCUACACGCCGUUCCCGCCCGCGCCCGAGAAGAGCAAGGUCGACAAGCAGAUUGAGAGCGGCGAGUACUUUCUCAGCAAGCAGGCCAAGCAGCAGGCCGCACGCACGGAGCGUCUGGAGAAGCAGAAGCUGCGCAAGACGGAAAAGGCAAAGGAGCGCGAGGCUGAUUUUGUGCCGCCCGAGGAGGGCGAGCGGCCCAAGAAGAAGAGAAAGAAGGCCGAGUAA